AUGCGUAUCUCGCAAAUCCUCGCCCUCGUGGCGGCCCUUCCUUCCGCCCUCGCUGCCUACAAAGGGUUCAAUUAUGGCUCAACCGGUCGGGACCAGGCGGCUUUUGAGGGCGAGUUCAACUCUGCAAAGAAUCUGGCCGGGUCGAGCUUCACAUCCGCCCGCCUGUACACGAUGAUUCAAGACGGAACUACCGACACCCCCAUAUCUGCCAUCCCCGCCGCCAUCAACACUGGCACUACCCUGUUGCUCGGGUUGUGGGCGUCGGCUGGCGAUGCUCAGUUUGCCAACGAGUUGGCGGCCCUCAAUGCCGCCAUUGCUCAGUAUGGCACCGCCUUCACCGACUUGAUUGCCGGCAUCAGUGUUGGAUCCGAGGACGUCUACCGUAUCACCCCCAUUGGUGUCGCAAGCAAUGCAGGAACCGGUGUUGGCCCGGAUGUCAUCAUCAACUAUAUCAGCCAAGUUCGAUCUGCCAUUGCUGGCACCGCGGCCGAGGGCAAGCUGGUUGGACACGUGGAUACCUACAAUGUCUGGACCAACUCGAGCCAGAACGCCUUGAUUGCCGCCUCCGACUUCAUCGGGGUGGAUGCCUAUCCUUACUACGAAACAACCAAGGAGAACUCGAUCGCCAACGCGAACGCCACCUUCUGGGAUGACUAUGAGGUCACGGUGGCCGCCAGCCAGGGCAAGCCGGUCUGGAUCACCGAGACUGGUUGGCCAGUUUCGGGCGCGACCAGCAACGAAGCGGUCGCCUCGGUCGAUAAUGCAAAGACCUACUACGACGACGUGGCCUGCCAUGCGUUUGCCAAUAACAUCAACACUUGGUGGUACAUUCUCCAGGACACCGGUGCCGACCCCAGCUUCGGCCUGGUCGGGGCUGGCACUCCGCCUCCCACCACUCCUCUGUACACCUUGAGCUGCUAA